GGUUGGUACCCACUGUUUGACAACAUCAACAUAACCUAACAUUGCAACUUGUCAAAACGCAACUUUUACGAUGGAAAUAACGGAAUCGGACGACCAAAUGUCGGACUCAGACUCCGGGGACGACCAGGAGGAGCAGGCCCUCCUGGCCCGGGCCGAAGCCCUAGAACGCCAAAUCUCCGACAACAAGUACCUCUACAACGCCCACGAGGAGCUCGUCAACUUGUACCGCAAACUGGGGGACUUGAAAUCGAUGCGUUUGGCUUACGAACGCUUCCACGAGUACUUCCCCCUGACCCCCGAAAUGUGGCUGUCUUGGAUCAACGACGAGCGCAAAUUGGCCACCUCCGAGGGCGAAAUUAAGCACAUCUUCGGGCUUUUCGACAAAGCCGUUGAGGAUUAUUUAUCUGUGAAUUUGUGGGUGGAAUAUGCGCAAUACUCGAUUGGGGUGAGCACCCUGGAGACCACCCGAGGGAUAAUCGAGCGGGGGCUCACCGCUGGGGGGCUCCACGUGUCCGAUGGAAGUCUCUUGUGGGACACCCUCCGCGAGCUGGAGUUGGCCCACUUGUCCCUGACGGAGACAGGGGGCGACGCGUGGAAAGCCCAAGUGGAGAGAAUCGUGGAGGUGUUCCGGAGACAACUCUCGGUGCCCCUCCUCCACAUGGAGAACACCUACAAGGAGUGGCAAGAAUUUCUAACACAAGGCCCCAAAAUCGAUCCUGACCCCGUCGAGUGGGGCUAUAACAAGGCCUUGAAACAAUUAGAGACUUACAAGCCGUUUGAGGACAAACUACAAGUCACCACCGACGAAUCCCAACUAUUACAAGUCUACAGAGACUAUAUCAAGGUCCUGGGGGACCCCUCAACCAUCUUGUGUCUUUACGAACGAGCCACGGCCCAAAUGUGUCUCAAUCCCGACAUCUGGCUCGACUAUUGUCUCUACGGCUUGAAACUGGGGGCCCCCGCUGAGAAAAUCACAGUGAAGGCUUUACGUAACUGUCCUUGGAGCCAAGACUUGUGGAUAAUGCGCCUCCAAGUCCUUGAAACUCUCUCCAAGGACAACAGCGAAGUCGUGGCGUGUUUCGAGCAGGCUGUGGCGAAUUUAGGGGCCCAAUCGAGUGACCUUUGGCUCGCCUACUUAGAAUACGUUUCAAGGACGUGUCACGACCAAAUCAAACUAUUCAAAUCGUUCGAGCAAGCCUUGGAACAAUUGAAAUACCACGACGAGGGGGCCCUCAAACUCACCAAAUGGUAUUCACGGGUUUUGGCCAAAACGGGGGACAUGCAAAAGGCACGCAACCUUUGGAAAACCCUCCUCAAGAACCCCAAUCACAAAACCUUGGCCAACACAUGGAUGGAAUUUGCGCGACUUGAAAGACAGUUCGGGGAGCCCCCACAAGUCAGGGCUAUUUUCCAGAAAGCCCUAAGCAAUUGCACCGAUUGGCCCCUUUUUGUCGCCGAUGAAUGGCGCGAAUUCGAACGGGAAUUCGGGGGACUCCCCGACGUGCUUAAAUGUGUGGAAAAACGCAAAGAAAUCGAAAAACGAGUCGAGCCGAAGUCUAUCGGAACGAAACGAGAACAUCCGAGUGAAGCCGAACCCCCACCGAAGAAACACAAAAAGCAGGCUGUGGUCAAAGACCCGACUCGUACCGUUUUCGUCAGUAAUUUACACACGAGUGUUAAUGAAAAACGUCUAAGGAAAUUCUUUCCCACGUGUGAAAAUGUUGAAAUCGUGGUCGAUAAACGGGGGAAGUCCCGGUGUUACGGCUACGUACAGUUUGGCCUUGAGGAGAGUGUCAUGGCGGCGUUGGCACGUGACCGUGAAUUGCUCGACGGUCGCCCCAUCUUCAUUUCGAAUUGCAAACCGAAUCGGGAGGAGCGCAAAGCCGGCUUUAAAUACUCCAAUGAGCCUGAAACUAAUAAACUUUUCGUUAAGGGACUCCCCCAUGAUAAGACACAGGAGGACAUCGAGGCCAUUUUUAGGCCUUUUGGGGCCAAAACCGUGCGUUUGGUGUUAAAACGCGACGGGAAACCGAAAGGACUCGCCUAUGUUGAGUUCGAGGACGAGUCAAGUGCGAAAAAAGCCAUGGAAAAGACCGAUGGAAUGACAGUUGGGGACUUUACCAUCAGUGUGGCGAUCAGUGCGCCCCCUGGGAAGAAACCCACCCCGAAAACCCCCCCAAUGCGACAUUCACGCAGCCGAUUACAGAUUCCUAUGUUACCGAGGGCGUUGCAAGUCAAGAGUGCGACGAAUGGUGACGUCACGCCGAAAACUAACGAUGAUUUCCGACUGUUACUUGAAAAAUAAAACCGAUUCAAACGUAUUUAUUCAACAAUUCUACUACCUUUUGAUACAAAUGAGGCAGUGGUGGGGGCAAUUUCACACACAUUUCUCACAUUUCUGGAGUAAAAAAUAUACCUUACACAAAAUAUUGCUUUUCUCUCUUUUAUAUACACGAUUUUGUACUUGUUUGAGCAAUUUUAUGGGAAUUUUCGUGAAGAAAUGUGUGCGAAAUGAAGAGAUAUUUACAAAAUCAGAGUACCUCACAACUAAAAAAAUUGACAAGCUAAUUGCUACUCCUAUCAACAAUAAACAUGAUACUUUUACAAAAUGUACAACCGCUCGGUUUAUAAAAACUUCUUAGAAAACUACACUUUAAAAUUUUGAAGAAAUCCAAACUCUAAGUACUCAUCAGAUCAUCCCAUCAAUGUUUUAUGGCACAAUUUAAAUGUCAUGAAUCAACCUUGUUUGUAGUUUUAUCACAGAGUGCGAAACUCUAAUGAGAUAAUCCAUUGGGAGAAAAAAAAAAAACACAAUUUCAUCCAAUCAUUAAUAUCACUCAACUAUGACACUCCAAAUUCACUCUAAAAACUAAGAAUUAAACAACUACAUGAAACGUAAAACCAAAUCUUACAACAAAAAGUUUCACUCGAAAUUUUGGCAAUUUAUUAUCACAUCACAACUACUUUUUUUUUGUAAAACUUUUUGUCAUAAAACUGACUAACAAAAUUUAAGCAAGGCACGAGUGAGACAACGCCCUCUAGUGGCUAUACUUGAACGUUUCCUUGCUCUUUCUCUCUCUGUCGUACAGCGACGGCCGUUUCCACCAACAAGUACAAACAUUUAAACUUGUCUUUGUCUUCUUCGUCGUUCGUACUGAGGGGGUCAGAUUCGGUGAUUUGAUGUGCGGGC